AUGCAGGAUCCAGCCAUCAAUAUGGCAGAAUUCACUCAUGAGAGCACGGAAGACCAGGAGGAAGAAGAGUUACAGGAGGAAGUGUUAGAUUUUGCCCCAGCAGCACUGGAUGACUCUCUGAAAGAACUGCUCAAGAGUGAGCUCAUUGGACUGUUGCAGGAGUUCAGAGAUUGUUUUGGAGCACAAACUGCCCGGUCUAGACAAGGAAUUAGUGGAGCAUAA